CUCUCUCUCUCUCUCUCUGGAUCAUAAAUCUUUCGUUACCUCCCUCCCUCCCUCUCUCUCUCUCUCUCUCCUGUGUUUGUCAAGGGUCUUCUUGCAGCUGCAUUCUCUCUCUCUCUCUCUCUCUCUUUCUCUCCACUGCUGAAUGGAGCCAGCCAAGAUCGACUGGAAAGCCAUAGAUUCAGUGUUUGAGGUAGACGAUUUGUACGAACACAUCAACGCUCCCACAUGGGUCGAUUUCUCAGCUCCCGAUCAGCCUCUUGAUGACGAGUCUUGGUUCUGCAAACCCGAUUGCAAUCAUCCAAAAACGGUUGAUGAUUUCCUCAAAGGGUCACCUCCUUCCAAGCUUCAGAGAUUAGCGGCUACCGUAUCAGAGAUCCUACCAAGCGGUAAUCGAAACAGAAGGGAUGGUAAUUUGAAGAGAAGAGGGCUUGUUCAACCUUCACUUCAUCAAACAAAGACUCAAAAUGCGACAGAUUUGUCGAAGAGUGAGAACCAGAAUCCCAACUUCUCCUCGACUCCAACUCACCAAUACACCAACGCCAUGAAGGCCGCAAUGAAAUCAAGCACAGAAAAGAAGCCAAUCGAUGAUUCCUCGCAAAGGGAACCGAGGCCGCAGCUUAAGAGCACCCUUUCUGCGCGAAAUCUGUUUGCCGGGCGGGAUAUAGUGAAUCAGAUCACAGAGUUCUGCAAUGAGUUGAAGAGAUUGGCAACAAGGGGUAAAGAGAGGGAAAAUGUGGAGAGACCAAAUGAGGAGAAAAGUUCGAUGGCUGCAAAGAAACGGGAGGAUAACUUGCCGGGGUCAGAUGAGAGGAAGAAAGAGAGGAAGCCAUUGCUUGAGGUGAGUAAAGAGAAAUGUGAGUCCAUUGAGAAGGACUGUGUCAAAGAGAAGCAGAGGAGGAAGAAGUGGGCUGAAGACGCAGAAAACAUCCCAAUAAUAUCGGUGGAUCUGAAGAAUGUAAAGCACAAAGAAGGUGAUAGUUUGCUGCAAAUUAGGACUUGUCCUCCCUCCCCUCAAGGCUUCUCGGCUGAUCGUGGCCCCACCAAAGCCAUUCCUCUCAAAGCAUCGCGGUGCAAGCCUCUGGAGAGGAGGGGAAUUCUUGAGGAGCUGAAGCAGAGCAAUGCAGAGCUGAAGAAGGAGGAAGCUGUGGAGAGGAGCAACCAGGCGAAAAUGGCUUCUGUGGUUGCUGAAAGAGGAGAAGCAAGAAGCUUGGAUGUUUUCUGGUUUUUAAAGCCUUGCACACUUUCUAGCUAAGAUCAAUAUUAAUUCCAUAACAAGCUUGAAUCAAUCUCAAAGUGUCCCAUUCUUUCAUUCUUUUCGUAUACAUUUUUUUCUCCUCAUUGGAUUUGGUGUUUAGAAUUUAGGGUUUAGGGGUCUGUCUCCAUUUGUUUAUACUUAUUUUUGUUGUUGAAUCCGAAUCCCUUGUUAUUAACCUAUAUUUCUUUCUAGAUUCAUUCUGUCUCGAUGAGAGACAAACUGUAAUAAGGAAUUCGAGUUUAGAAUUUGUAGUCAAAACAUCUGACAAUAAGCUUGACAUGUUUCUUUUUAGCUUGUGUGUUGGUUUGUUUGAAGGAUGGAUACCCCUUCCAAGAGC